AUGAGUUGACAAUUAACUCUAACAAUCAAGUUUCUCAACCUUUUUCCUUUUGUCAAUAAGAACAAUUUUUUUGCUGUUUAAUUGUGUUUGUUUACAACCAAACCAAAUUGAAUAAUUGUUGUAAAUUGCUCAGGAACUAGUUUCUUUAUCAUAACAAUUUAAUUCAUCAACAACACCAAAAAAACAAAGGAUUAACUGAACCUUGGCCAUGAUACUUCCGGAAUGACAGAAGUUCAUUAUUGAUUAUUGACUUAAUCUGGUUGUCAAAAGGCCGAUGACUUUCAAUGAAUUAACAAUUUAGGUUAAUUUGAUCAUCAUCCAGGUAAUGAUUAAGAUGAAUAUUGGAGAAGAACGAAUGAAAAUCUAAUUUGGACUAUUUGAGAGUUCGUGAGUUCGAGAACGAACUUUUUUUGUUCUAUUCUCAUCUUUUUUUUUCUCCAUCAUCAUCAUCUCUUUCAUUCUCCACCCAUUUCUUUUUUCUUCUCUUAAUUCCAACCUUAAUUGUCCCCAAUUAUCGUCGUUCAACCAGCAAUUUACGUUCUUGUCUCAUUUGAUUCCAAUCAUUUGAGAGAGAAGGACGAAUAUUUUUUUUUCUCUUUUCUUAUUACAUUCAUGGUGUUCAUCUAACUUAAUCACCUUUGUUAAUUGUUAUAAAUUGUGAUUCCAUCAUAAUGAUUAAUUCUGGUCAGUGGUUUAAAUUGUUCUCAACCAUUUUGAUCAAUCGUCGUUCCAACGACAAAACGUCAAAAGAUGAAAAAUCAACUAAUCCCAAAUGUAAAAUCACCACAUCAUCAGAAAAAGUUAAUUCCUCUAAUCUUAAAUCAAUCGGUUUACCCAAUCCAAUUGUAACUUCAAUCAUCAACCUAUUGUCCAUUUGUGUGGUCAGUAUACUUUUCAUCAGCUUAUUUCAUCUUAUCCCAUGGGAAAAUUGGAUAUUCAAUGAAAAUGGAUUAGCGAGAUUAACAACCAAAGAUAAUCUCGAAUACAAGAAUUACCUUGCAACAUCAGAACAACAAAUUGAUGAGAUUAGUAUUCAUCAGGUUGCUUGUUACGAGAAAGCUUAUUGGAGGGAGAAGAAAUUAAAUUCACUUCCGGAAAGAUGCGGGGUCAUGUUAACGGACGAUCUUCUUCCGGAAGAUGAGAUAAUUAAAUUAAGACUAUUGACCAAUAAAGUGAUUGAUAAAAUGGGCGAUAGUAGUUACACUAAUCGAGAAUCAAUUAACCUCCAAUGGAUUAAUUUGCACAAUCUAUUUAAACGAAAUGAGACUCAAAAAGUUCUGGAAGACGAAGAGUUUGACCUGAUUCGAAAUGCAUCGAUAGCCGCCAAGGAAGCGGUAUCAAUUGCUUUUGGCCUUCCCAUUGAUCGAUUGUAUUUCAAUAUGGUUUCACAAUUUACUCGAUAUCGACCUUUGGUCAAGCAUAAUGAGUUUCGACACGUUGAUAAGGUCCGUUCACCGGCCUUGAUUGUUACCUCCAUCUUGUGGCUUUCUACGGCUAAUCUUGACUUCGGCGGUGGUCAGACUGAAUUUCUAAAUGGCCCUGGACCUGAACCUUUCUCACCAGUUUUAAUUGAACCAAAAUUGGGCCGAUUUGCUGCUUGGACUUCAGGCUUUGAAAAUCCACACGAAGUAACGGAACUUUUCUGGGGAAAUCGAUUAGCGCUCAUAUUUGCUUUCACAGUUUCGAAUACACUAGGAUACGAAUCAAUGGAAGCACUUCGAGAAUGGGCAAUUAAGAAGAAUCAAUCAUCCACAAAUAGUGGUUACUAAAUUGUCUUUCAAUAGAAAAACAAAAUUAACCGUAACAAUUUAAAAAGUGUCAAAGAAUUACAAUAAUGUUAUCAAUCAAAUUUCCUAAAUUUUUUUGACACGAGAAUCAAAGUUGAUGAUGAACUUUUCAUUUUCCUUGAGAAUACUUUACGUUUAUUAACCAUGUUAAUUGGAACUAAAUUAAUUGUAAUUAGAAAAUAAAAUAAAUCGAAAAGUGAGAAGACGAUCAAGGAGAAAAAGAAGAAGAAAAAAUCUAUUGUAUCUUUUUCUUUGAUAAUAUUACUAAUAUUUUCUAUUCAUGGGUCAGUUACAUUUUCUCGUUAUUGGACUUGGAAGAUAUUAAUCUAAUAGGAAAUAAAAGACAAAUAUAGAAAAGACCUAAGGCAAUUGUUAGAUGAUGAUGAUGAUGAUGAUGAUCACAAUAAUCGUAAUAAUCACCAGAGGAAAGAAAAGAAAGAUGAUGAAUCAUAGAAU